AGACACUGUGACUGAUGAGAGUUAAAGGCCAUGGAUGAAGAUGGGCUUGAAUUGCAGCCACAUGAGCCAAAUGCAUUUUUUGAUCCAACAGGAACUGAUGCAGCACAUAUGGAUGGAGAUCAGAUUGUUGUGGAAGUACAGGAAACAGUAUUUGUUUCAGAUGUAGUCGACUCAGAUAUAACUGUGCAUAAUUUUGUUCCUGAUGAUCCAGAUUCUGUAGUAAUCCAAGAUGUCAUUGAGGAUGUUGUUAUUGAGGAUGUUCAGUGCCCAGAUAUCAUGGAGGAGCCAGAUGUAUCUGAAACUGUCAUUAUUCCUGAACAAGUGCUGGACACAGAUGUAGCCGAAGAGGUUUCUUUGGCUCAUUGCACUGUCCCAGAUGAUGUUUUGGCUUCUGACAUAACAGCAGAAGCAAUGUCUAUACCAGAACAUGUACUGACAAGUGAGUCAAUGCAUGUACCUGAAGUUGGACAUGUAGAACAUGUAGUUCAUGAUAACGUUGAAGAAGCAGAUAUUGUCACUGAUACUCUGGGAACAGAUGUUGUUUCUGAGGAAGUCUUGGUGGCAGACUGUGCAUCAGAGGCAGUGAUCGAUGCCAAUGGAAUCCCUGUGGAACAUCAAGACGAGAAGGGCAACUGUGAAGAUUACCUUAUGAUUUCCUUGGAUGAUGCUGGUAAGAUAGAACAUGAAGGUUCUGCUGAAAUUACCAUGGAAGCAGAGUCAGAAAGUGGCUCUUGUAAAGUGGAUGGCAUUUGUCCAGAAGUCAUCAAGGUCUAUAUAUUCAAAGCAGAUCCUGGAGAAGAUGAUUUAGGGGGCACAGUAGACAUUGUGGAGAGCGAGCCAGAGAAUGACCACGCAGCUGGAUUACUUGAUCAAAAUAGCAGUAUUCGUAUUCCAAGGGAGAAAAUGGUUUACAUGACUGUAAAUGAUUCUCAGCAUGAAGAUGAAGACUUAAAUGUUGCAGAAAUAGCUGAUGAGGUUUAUAUGGAAGUGAUUGUAGGAGAGGAGGAUGCAGCAGUGGCCCACGAGCAGCAAAUUGAUGACACUGAAAUUAAAACUUUCAUGCCUAUAGCUUGGGCAGCAGCUUAUGGUAAUAAUAAUGAUGGCAUUGAAAGUCGGAAUGGCACUGCAAGUGCUCUUUUGCACAUAGACGAGUCAGCUGGACUCGGGAGACUGGCUAAGCAAAAACCAAAGAAAAAAAGGAGACCUGAGUCCAGGCAGUAUCAAACAGCAAUAAUCAUCGGCCCUGAUGGUCAUCCAUUGACAGUCUACCCCUGCAUGAUUUGUGGAAAGAAAUUUAAAUCUAGAGGUUUCUUGAAAAGGCACAUGAAAAACCACCCGGAGCACCUUCUUACUAAGAAGAAAUACAGAUGUACAGACUGUGAUUACACUACGAAUAAAAAAAUAAGUUUACAUAACCACUUGGAGAGUCAUAAGCUGACCAACAAAACCGAAAAGCUUAUUGAGUGUGAUGAGUGUGGGAAAAGCUUCUCUCAUGCAGGAACUUUAUUUACUCACAAGAUGGUGCACAGGGACAAAGGAGUUAAUAAAAUGCACAAGUGCAAAUUCUGCGAUUAUGAGACAGCAGAACAAGGAUUACUGAGUCAUCACCUUUUAGCUGUCCACAGCAAGAACUUUCCUCAUAUUUGCGUGGAGUGUGGCAAAGGAUUUCGCCAUCCGUCAGAGCUCAAGAAGCACAUGCGAAUCCACACUGGUGAAAAGCCGUACCAGUGCCAAUAUUGCGAAUACCGAUCUGCCGACUCUUCUAACUUGAAAACUCACGUAAAGACUAAACACAGUAAGGAAACGCCGCUCAAGUGCGAUAUUUGUUUCCAGACUUUUUCGGAUACCAAAGAGCUACAGCAGCAUACUCUUAUGCAUCAAGAAAGUAAAACACAUCAGUGUUUGCAUUGUGACCAUAAGAGCUCAAACUCGAGUGAUCUGAAACGACACAUAAUUUCGGUCCACACAAAAGACUAUCCUCAUAAGUGUGACAUGUGUGAUAAAGGCUUUCAUAGGCCUUCGGAACUGAAAAAACACGUGGCGGCUCACAAGGGUAAAAAAUUGCACCAAUGCAGACAUUGUGACUUUAAGAUUGCAGAUCCGUUCAUUCUGAGUCGCCACAUACUCUCAGUUCACACAAAGGAUCUUCCGUUCAGGUGCAAGAGGUGUAGAAAGGGCUUUAGGCAACAGAACGAGCUGAAAAAACACAUGAAAACACACAGCGGCAGGAAAGUUUAUCAAUGUGAGUACUGUGAGUAUAGCACUACAGAUGCCUCAGGCUUCAAACGGCAUGUUAUUUCCAUUCACACAAAAGACUACCCUCACCGUUGUGAGUAUUGCAAGAAAGGGUUCCGACGGCCUUCAGAGAAGAACCAGCACAUUAUGCGGCAUCAUAAAGAUGUUGGGCUGCCUUAAAGUCUCUUUCACAGACUUGCGGCUGGAAUUAUAAAGGAAUUUUGCCUUUCAGGCAGUUAGCUUAUUUUAAAGCCAAUCACCUGCGAUCACACACACACACAAAAAAAAAAACAACAAAAAAAACAUACUGUGCAUUUGAUUUGUUGCUGUAUAAAAAUAGGAUUAUUGCUUCUAGUUGACUUUUAUACCUUUUGUUCAAUAGCGUGUUCUGAAUUCUAUUCAGUUUGUUUAAUAAAUGAAGAAAAGAUGGCAACAAUAAAGUUGCAUUUAAUAAAGUAAACCCUGUCUCUUACUGAAUUUUUCAACCGUAAUAGUUUAUUUAAGUAUAUUUAUCUUACUGACCUCGUUGAUACUCACAGUGUCCAUGUUAAUGCAGUUUUGUCGUGAAUUUUAAAAAUAUGAGAUUUCUCUUGAUAAAAUUGUCAGAGGUGUGUAUAAAAUGGGGGAUUGUGAUGUUGAAGAUGAAGUCAGUAGGGCCCACCUGAUUGUCUUGCUUUGACUACACAGACUUUGUGGCAGGUUAACUAUUUUCCAUUUGAGGAGUUACACAUCUAACUUUAUUGCGGAAAACUGUUCUGCGUUUUAAUUCGGGUUUCAGAGAGAAAAAAAAUUUUUAAAUGGUUUGAGGCAUUUGUAAUCUUUCUUUGGCGAAUUUAAAAGUAUGCUCAAAUACUACGUUUAUUGUUCUGUGCUUCUUUGUCUUUGAAAGGUUUUGUGUGUUCCAAAUGAGUUGGGCUUUUUUCAAUUUACUGCUGUCUUAAUGUUGGAAACGUAAAAUGCUGUUGUUCCGUUUGCAGAGUUAAUAGAUCACAACUGUCCGUACGUGCCGGUAAACAUACCUCAAACGUGACGCUUUUAUGUAUAUGAGUAUUUCUUUGAAAGAACAGUUUGUGGUUCAAGUCACAUUUUUAUUGUGAGUUGUUUUAGAAUAAAAUUU